AGUACCUGGAGAUGCGGUUUGACAAAGCAAUUCGGCUGUUUGGGACAGUGUUGUUCAUAAUUCAGACACUACUGUACACUGGUCUGGUUAUCUAUGCACCAGCUUUGGCUUUAAAUCAAGUCAGUGGCAUACAUCUAUGGUGAGCUGUAAUCUCAACUGGAGUGGUCUGUACUUUCUAUUGCACCUUGGGUGGCCUGAAAGCAGUGGUCUGGACUGACGCAUUCCAGGUGGUCAUCAUGGUGGCUGGGUUUCUGGCCGUCAUUAUCCAGUCUGUGCUGCUACAGGGUGGAGUUUCCAUCAUCAUUAGUGAUUCUGCCCAGGGAGGCCGUCUCAACAUAUGGGACUUUGACCCUAACCCUCUGAGAAGGCACACAUUUUGGACUGUCAUAAUUGGAGGUGCAUUCCUUUGGACCAGUGCUUAUGGUAUUAACCAAACUCAGGUGCAAAGAUACGUAUCCUGCAAGUCCCUGUUCCAUGCAAAAAUGUCACUGUAUGUGAACUUAGUGUCUCUGUGGACCAUCAAUCUGUGUUCAAUAUUUUGCGGACUGUGUUUGUACUCCGUUUAUAAGAACUGCGAUCCAUGGACAGCGAAACGCGUGAAUACUCAAGAUCAGCUCAUGCCUUACCUUGUGCUGGACAUCUUGAGAGCAUAUCCAGGUAUUCCUGGUCUGUUCGUGGCAGCAGUGUACAGUGGCACAUUAAGCACAGUAUCCUCCAGUGUGAAUGCAUUAGCUGCAGUGACAGUUACAGAUCUGAUAAGACCAUAUUUCAGCUUUUCCGAGCAACAGCUCAUCUGGACAUCAAAAGGACUGAGCAUUUUCUAUGGAGCUCUGUGCAUUGGAAUGGCUGGUCUUGCAUCUUUGAUGGGGGGGUUACUACAGGCGGCUAUUAGCAUCUUUGGCACCAUUGGCGGACCUGUCCUUGGCCUUUUUGUUUUAGGCAUCCUGUUUCCCUGUGCAAAUUCAAAAGGAGGCUUGGCUGGGCUGGUCAGUGGACUAGCCAUAUCACUCUGGGUAUGUAUAGGAGCCCAGGUCUAUCACCCCCUACCUGCGAAUACCAGGCCUCUCACUUUGAAAACACAUGGCUGUAACUUCACUAUUGCUGAGGCUGCAUUAACAAACUGGACCAGGUACCCUACACAGGCAAGCUACAUCACCUCAGCCCAGCAGAACAAAGCCCUGGACAGACCUUGGCUGGCUGAUAAUUGGUACUCCCUCUCUUACUUGUAUUUCUGCCCUGUGGGGACCUUAGUUGUCAUAGCUGUGGGGCUGGCAGUGAGUUUGCUUUCAGGGGGUAGAACUCUAAAACUGCAACCAGGGCUGACGGUAGUGAAGGAGGAUUUAACCUGCUACAAACUCUACAAAACUCUAAAACAGAAGGCCACAAGAAACGCAGAUAAAUUUGACCUGGUUGGGAAGUAUGAGAAGAAAUCUGGUAACACCAACAUUGCAUUUUGUGAUGUUGAGUUAGACAUCACAAAAUAUCAGUCCCGUAGAACCCUAACAUAGGACACUUGUUUUGUUUUUACA